UAUUAGUCUGCAUGGACCAAAAGCACUUCGUACUGUGUGUUUUUUCAUGAAAUAAUUAUUCUUUACGGAAUCAGUUUCCAUCUUUCAUUAAUCAAAGUAACUGGAGUAUAAUCUGGGUAAAGAUAGCGUAAGCAAGUGUAAAAGAUCUCCACAAAUAAUUCAGCACAGAUUAUCCGAAGGCGGGAAACGGAAUGGCCAUAUUUGAAAACAUGGAGGCACUUUGUGUUGUUUGGUGAGGAAUAUGUUGAGGAUAUUAUGCAAGCAAUGACAGAGUUCCAGGUGGUUGAAGUGUAAUCCUGUCAGUUUGUCACCCUAUUAGCAGUUGUCAAGUAAGCGGUAUCUAAGAUGGACGGAGCAGAAUCAGUACGUUCUGGUCGCAGUGACAGAUCCGAGCGGUCCCACCGUAGCCAUGGCAGCCACCAUCACCGUCACCGUCAACAGAGUGGGCGACCAUCCAGUCACAGAGGUCGGAGCCGUGACCGAGGGGACCGUGACGACCGCUCAGUCACGAUCAAGACGCCAGGUCACAUGUCUGACGAUUGUCACGAGGAGGAACGUAUAGAAGUCCAAGUGAUCCCUCAGGAUGACAACUGGGGCGAUAACACCACCGCCAUUACAGGCAACACCAGCGAGACCGGCUUCUCGAUGGAGGACAUGCAUAAAUUCUCAAAAGAAUUCGAGGACAAUGUAGGGUUUGACUGUACACGAUAUGUGGGGUCAGCUUUAGCGGCUGUGCUCAGUAUAUUUGGAUUCUUUUCGCCUAUUGCGAUGGUGGUCCUACCCAAACUGGGUAUCGUGGACUGGAAUGUGCGAACAGAUGGCACACUCGUAACAGCACCGGGGGACGACAUGAUGUGUAAGCCAGAGUGCGAAGGUCUGCUCAUUAGUUUUGCUUUUAAACUCAUCAUACUAUUUGUAGGAACAUUUGCGCUGUUUUUCCGUCAACCUAAAGCCACGAUGCCGAGAGUUUUUAUUUUCCGAGCAGUUGUGCUUUUCCUUGUAUUUGUGUUGACAUUUGCAUUCUGGCUGUUCUAUGGUGUUCGGAUAUUCAAGGAACGAGAGCAGAAGUAUCACUCUAUAGUUCAGUUCUCGGUGUCGCUAGUCGACGGACUUCUUUUCAUUCACUAUCUCGCCAUCAUUUUGUUGGAAGUGAGACAGAUUCAACCUCAGUAUGUCAUUAGCGUGACGCGGUCGCCGGAUGGGGAGAGUCACUCGUAUACGAUGGGCGUGCUCAGCAUCCAGAGAGCAGCUGUCUGGGUGUUGGAGCAGUAUUUGAAGGACUUCCAGUCUUACAACCCAUACUUAGAGAACGCCACCCGUCGCCCCGCCAAACUUACAGGGUUCAAAGUGUACGAUGUGGACGGAGGGGCCAACCAGUCCAACCAGCAGGGCCGAUCACGUGCUGUGUUUGCCGCCGCGGCCAGGCGAAGGGACGCUAGUCAUAAUGAUCGGUUCUACGAGGAGCAGGAGUACGAGAGGAGGGUGCGGAAACGUAGAGCCAGGUUGCUGGUCGCGGCAGAGGAAGCAUUCACACACAUCAAGAGGAUGCAAGAUGAGCAGGGUCCUGCGAUCCCGAUGGACCCACAGGAAGCCGCCCAGGCCGUGUUCCCAUCCAUGGCCCGAGCCCUACAGAAGUUCCUGCGCGUCACCCGUCAACAGCCGCGCUACACCAUGGAGUCUGUGCUCAACCAUCUUGCCACGUGCAUCGCUCACGACAUGAGUCCCCGUUCCUUCAUCGAGAGGUACCUCACACAGGGGGUCGUCAUCAUGAACGAAAAAUCUUACAAAGCCACGGAACGUUGGGUGCUUGUGUGUGAUCAGCUGGUCACGAGGGAAGUGGAGCAUGGGUCGUUGUUUCAGCUGCGGAGCGGGGACGUGUCGUUGUUGUGUUCGGUCCGCAAGAUCCCACAUUUCAGUCUCACGGAAGAGGUCAUCGACCCCAAAAGCAACAAGUUUGUGCUGCGGUUAAACUCCGAAACAUCUGUAUAGUGAAGUGUUGUGAUCUCUCAUUGGCUGGCAGCAUUGUCAUGUGACCUUGCAUUAUGUUAUGUGACUGAUCAUUGGUUGUGUGGUUGUCAUGUGGCCAUUGUGGAUUGACCAAUGGCGUUUGUGUUGGUAUUUGAACAAAGUCACAGCAUGAUUGGUCAAACUUCAGGUGAUCUCAGCACAUGGAUCAUGUGACCUCAGUACACGGAUCAUGUGACCCAGACACUCAAGUCAUGUGACACCGUGACCAGGACAUAGUCAGGUGACCAAUAUGCACCUUUCAUUGUGAAUCACAAUCGGAAGUGGUAUAACACUUUAGAUUCUGAAACAACAUGAGUAGCUUGAUGUUUUGCUGGACAGAUUGUGAUUGUCUCCCCUGAGCAGGUACAACUUGUGGUUUUGUCAAGUUCACUAACUCAUUGUCCAUGAACUGUUGAGGGUGUUGAGCCUGUGUGCGUAAGGCCGAAAAACAAUAUAUGUGUUUCCUGAUCCAGUCGAUCAAUAUAGGAGGGCGAUAUAUCAGCUGUUUUUUUUAACUUUAACCAUUUUGUAAACUUUUUAAAGAUUCAUCUAUUGCUUCUUUAAUGUCAUUAAGAAGCUUGAAUGAUGAAACAGAACAAGUUUUAUGGAUAGACAACUUCUUUAUUGCAAGAGAUGCGACAUUUCAGUGUAAAUGCUAAUGCCAUCAUCACUGGAUUAUU